AUGGCAGUCUGCGUGAUGGUCAAAUUUGCCACAGAGAUAACAGUGGAGGAACGAAAGCGGGACUAUUAUCCUGGCUCCGGCGUCUACCACGUUGCUAAGUCCAUCGCAGUUAUAGCUCUGAACGAGAACAACAGCGUCUCUAUAUCCGAGAGGUUUCCAUACGUAGCUGCGAUAGCCAGGAACUCAUCCGCCACUUGGUCUUUCGCCUGCUUUGCCAGUAUCGUCCUGGUAAAAUGGGUCGUGACGUCAGCGCACUGCAGGAAGAAGGGGGCAACCCAUAGAGUCUUACUGCUCCACGAUUUCGCGAGGAACAUCAGCAAUUCCUACCCAAUUCUGUAUUGGAGGAUACACGAAAAAUUCGACCCCAAUAGUACAUCACCGAUGUACGAUAUUGCUGUAGCAAAGUUCAACUUGGAGUACACAUUAACUUUGCGUUCCUCUACCUUCGAUGAGCGGCCAGUGACGGACGUGGAAGCGAGUAUAUGGAAGACCGUGUCCACUAUGGACAGGCGAGUAUACUUAAUCAAUGAUUUCGAUAAGUUUCCGUUGAAAUUGACGAGCGAUAACCGAUGUUACGAAAGUUUUGGUAUACAAAUCGAUGAGAGUUUAAUCUGUGUGGAUAUGUCUGACUACGAGGACUGUUUUAUACAUGAGUUUGGGCCGCUGUAUCAUGAAGAUAAAUUGGUUGGCGUUCUGGCUGUGAGGCCGCGGGAUUGCGAAGUGAAGUUAGCCGUUUUCACUAAUGUAUCACACUACGCUACUUGGGUGUUGAAGUUGACGCAGACUACGUUUUACGGUUGA